AUGGUGUCGCGGGGUUCAGGGGAAUAUGGAAGGAAUUUGUGCAAACGUAAAAUUUGCACUGAUCGCUAUUCUUUAUUGUUGUUGGGUACAGGCAUUGCAAGCUUCUGACCCUGUCACGUGUCUCCAAUGUGAAGGAGUGACCUCAAUAAAAGACUGUAAUACAACGGUCACUUGCAAACCUAAUGAGGUUUGUUUUGUUGAACGAUUGUCCGUUUUAAAUGGGACGGAUCCAAACUCAUCUGCACAGAAUCCAGCCGUAAUUAUCCUCCAUAAUGCUGGUUGCAAGGGAAGUGGGGAUUGUACAGAGUUAAAUUGUGACGCUGAUGCAUCACAAACGGGGGUCGAUGGUUACUAUGGCGUUCGCACCUACCAUCACUGCUGUUCCUCUCAUGUUUGCAAUGCCCAGGGUUUCCUUUUAAUCCAGAAUGAUCCCGGUAAUCGUCUCUGCCUUACGUGCAAUAAUGCUGCUACUGUGGAAGAUUGUACAACUAUUAAACAAUGUGGACAGGACCAGAUGUGUUCCUCAUCGCUGCUUUACCCUGACGCUAGUAUGAAAUUGGAAUGCCUCCCGCAGAAGGUGUGUGACGUCGUCAACAGACCCAAAGGAAAGCGACUUCACACUGGUGAUGUCCUCACUACUCGAUGUUGUAACGGCCCCUUGUGUAACAAUAAAAAUAUGUACGGCUCAUCACCUACAGUUCUCGCUACUUCAACACCAAUUCCACAGCGGUGUACCGAAGCAGACAUGAUCAGUCUUUCUACAGUAAUACCAGCGGUAACUACUCAUAGUACACGUUCACCACCACGUCCACCGACGCCAACACCAGGGGCAAAGGUUGAUAGAAGUCCUGUACCAACUCCCCCAUCCCCAGCACCACUGGCACAAAUUACAUCACGACCAACUCCUCCUCAACCUGUAUCAACUGCUAGUACAACUCCGCAACCAACACCACCACCACCUGCUCCAGGGGUUUCUACAACUCUUCGAAUUGCUCCACCAACUCCAGCGCCAGUCAUCCAAACGACUCCUAGACCGACCCCACCAACUCCAGCUCCUGUUAUCAAUACAACUCCUAGACCAACUCCACCGACUCCAGCUCCAGUCAUCAAAACCACUCAAAGACCAACUCCUCCGACACCUGUCCCUGUCAUCAACACCACUCCAAGACCAACUCCUCCGACACCUGUCCCUGUCAUCAAAACCACUCCUAGACCAACUCCACCAACUCCAGUUCCGGUUAUCAAUACCACACCUGGACCAACUCCACCAACUCAAGUUCCAGUCAUCAUUACCACUCCUAGACCAACUCCACCAACUCCAGCCCCGGUUAUAAAUACCACACCUGGGCCAACUCCACCAACUCCAGCCCCGGUUAUCAAUACCACACCUGGGCCAACUCCACCAACUCCAGCCCCGGUUAUCAAUACCACACCUGGACCAACUCCACCAACUCAAGUUCCAGUCAUCAUUACCACUCCUAGACCAACUCCACCUACUCCAGCCCCGGUUAUCAAUACCACACCUGGACCAACUCCACCAACUCAAGUUCCAGUCAUCAUUACCACUCCUAGACCAACUUUAGCUCCAGUUAUCAAUACCACUCCUAGACCAACUCAAGCUCCAGUUAUCAAUACAACUCCUAGACCAACACAAGCUCCACUUAUCAAUACCACUCCUAGACCAACUUUAGCUCCAGUUAUCAAUACCACUCCUGGACCAACGGGUGUUGGACAGUCAUGUGAGGAUAAACCUGGAAUUCGCUGUGAGUUCAUGGCAGAAAUUAACAUUUGUUCCGUCUACGAUCUGGCAGUUACCUACUGCAAGAAGUUUUGUGGUCUGUGUGCAGUUAAUAGAAUAAAUAACUGAACGUUGGGUAAAUGUGAAGUUGUUCAUUACAUGAUAUUUUUGAAAUUACAAGGUAGCUAGGAUUCCAUCGAAAAAACAGACCUAUUACAAUGUAUGGAUCCUUUGAUUCUUAC